AUGAACGGGUACCUGCGUAGCAAGUGCUCAUCGGAGCAGCAGCUGCUGAACGAGCUGGCCAAGCUGCUGGGCGCCAAGGACGUGACGUCGCGAAAGAUGGCGGACGUGCUGCGCGCGCUUACCUUCUUCUACACGUCGGCAGGUCGAGGCUCGCGUAUCCCGCUGUCGCUGCUCAGCGGCUUGUGCACGCUGUUGCCUCAGCUCAAGGACAAGAAAGAAAUCACUCUGCUCAAGGAUGAACAUCAACGCAUCGCCCGCAUCGCACUCUGCCUCCUGUCUCGGCUCAUCGACCAGUUUGAGAUCCAGAAGGAGAUGACGACGGGAUCCAAUUUGAGCCAGGAUCAGAGUGUAGAUCCGGCAGAGCAGGUGCUGGCUAACUUCUUGUUGACUCUGGAGACGGCUGUGAUGACACCGUCGGGGAUGCUGCUACCAAGACAGCGUGCUACACUACGCGUGUACGCUCAGCUCUGUCAGAUAUUUCUCAAAAGAGAGCAGUUGGUGACUUAUACUGCGGCACUGCUUCAACAGUCGCCAGUACUUACUUAUGCUGAGAAUCAUGUGGAUGCGAAGGGGAAACGUUUACCCCCUCCAGUGCCUGCGCAGUUUGGCGCAGUGGCAGGAGCUUGCCAUGCUGUGCGCUUUAAUACAGAGCCGGACGAUCAAGUAUUUGUAGCGAACAAGCUAGCUCAGCUUGCGUUUAUGGUACCGGCGGGUACAGCGUCACGCCAUGCGGCGAAAACGUUGCUGUCGCUUUUAACAUCACCUGUGCUGAACGAAGGCCGACCUUCUAAUGCGAUAACUGUGGCUAAGGCGAUUGAGUUGUAUCUACUGAAAGCCCGACCCCGCACGCUGCUAGGUGGAGACUCUUUGACUUCUGUGUACCUGCUGCGUCUGUGCGGUCAAAUGGCCCGCUUACCAGCUCAUCACCAGCAACAGCAGGAAAUCCCCGCAACAAAUGACUCACAACACUUCAAUAUCACUUCAACACUGCUAGAAACAUCGUCCGAUAUAGCUCCAGAGAAGGCGCAUGAUCGAAAUUCUGCUCUUCAAGGCUUCCUCGUUUCACAUGCACUUUCAAUACAGCUUCAGGAGUAUCUUGUGGACGUUAUUCAAGCUGCUGUAGCCGAUGAUUCCAGCACAAAAGCAGGCGUGGUUCCCGCAGUGCUUCUGGUGGCAGUAGAGGAGACUUUACGAGGAACUUCGCCGGAGGAUAGCUUUCGGCAACAACCUAAUUGGGGAUCGAAAUGCAUUUUUGAGCUAGUGGCGGCCGCGUUACUACCCCUGCUUCCAGCCCCACAAGACCCAGCUAGGCUUCUAUGCAGUACUGUUACACUGCAUCGUGUGUGUCGUGCUGUGCAGUUUGUAGCAGAGCGUUUGGAUGCUGCCGUACUUCACUUUGGUGUAGCAACAGGGCAGAAGAUGGAGAUUCCGACCUAUUUGAGCCAGCUUACGCUGCGCGUUCACUCGCUCACAGAACACAGCAAUGCUUUUAUAGCUUGUGAAGCUCUUCGUGGCUUUGUGUGGUUACUACCACGCUAUAGCAUCAAUACCGAGCAGAAUGGGAGCAUUGAAAAUCACUGGACAAGUAUCUUUUGGCAGCUUGAAGCACUUCCGCUCGGUCGUGUCCAGCCGGAGCGUCGCGCUGCGAUCGCUUGGACAAUUUUCCGGCGCUGUGUGACCACGUUAAAAUCAUAUGGAUAUGAAGUCGAGAAACCACUUUUAUUGGGAUGUCUUCGAGUCGUACUGGCCUGGUUUCGGGUGCGACCUUGUGUGUGGCACGCUGCUUUGUUGACUGCAAUUUGGCACACUACUCUGCGAGAAUGCCUUGUUGCACCCUUAGGCGAAGCCGUUUUUGCAUCUAUCAACGAGGUGCUUGAUUACCAGUGCUCACCAACUGACAAUGGCGCUACAGAUAGUCUUAUCGUCAAGCAAAGUACAUUGCAGUUCCUCAGUAAUCGCGAAGGAUGCCUGAAACAUGUUGUGCGACGUGAGGAAUGGUGCCGCCCACUGAUACUCCGUCUCACAAAGCAAGUCCUACUCGAAAACUCUACAUCGCAGCGUCUGGGUUUCCGAGCCCUGUCACAGUUGGGUGAUGAGGCAGAUGCACAAGGAUUAACUUCGCUCGCUCAACAAGCAAAAGCAAUUUUGUCCUUCACGGAGAAGUUACCACGACAAGCUCAACGAAAGGGACUCACGACUGGCGAUGAAUUCCAGAACCAACCUUUUUCUAUUCACGACGAGCUUCUACCUGGUGUUAAAGCUCAAGGCGGUGCACUUGAUGACCCCUUCUCCGAUUUCAGGGCACCUGACGGAGCUAUAGCAUCGGCAAACAAAGCGUUAGAGGACCCCUUCGCCGAUCCUAUAGAAUUGCUACUAGUACUACGAGUAAAGUUACUGCUACAGUUUCGACUUCUAUAA